UGACUCUGAUAGCUACGGCGAUCAAUCAAGCCGUCGACGAUGGACGACCGUGGCUUCAUUCUCGACAGUGAUGCGACCGCUCAAGAUGUCUACAGCACAUUGCAUGUCAACGAGAUUCGCACCCUACUUCUUGCACCGGGACCCAAAGGAAGUCCGAUUGUCUGCGAAAUGCAAGUGAUCUCCUCCCCACGAGCCGGCCAAUAUGAAGCACUGUCGUACGUUUGGGGCGACAGCGUCAAGUCCUCGCCAAUCUCGUGCAACGGGUUCGGCUUUGCGGUCACUGAAUCUCUGCAUGAUGCACUGGUCCAUCUACGAUAUCCUGACUCCUGGAGACGGCUUUGGGUGGAUCAGCUUUGUAUCAACCAGUCCGAAAGCACUGAACUAAUGAACCAGAUCGGUUUCAUGGGGAAAGUAUACUCAUCUGCUAGCCGCGUAAUUGUCUGGCUAGGCAAGUACGACAAGAGGAUGGCGAUGGCCUGGGAAAUACUCCAGCAGACGACAUUGAGCUCGAGUCUGGUACGCUCCGACUUCCUGGCAUCCUCGAGACAGCCGAGUACUCCACAGAAGAGGCCCCCUACUUCAAGACGGUCGAGCAGCAACUCUUCCAUCUCAAAGUACUCUCAGCGGGCGCCUUCCUCCCAGGAAAGUCUCCGUUCAUCGACCUCGAGUGUGAAUAGUAUGACGCCGACACGGCCCAAAAGUAGGCGCCAAGAUACUCCGCCAGCUCUUCGCAAUGUGCUCUCGAUAUUUCAGCAUGUCUGGUUCAGUCGAAAGUGGACUUUCCAAGAGAUUGUCCUCGCCAAGGCUGCAAUCAUCUGCUGCGGUGAGCUGGAGAUGGCGUGGAGUGAUCUUACUUUGUGGUACUUCCACUACGCGUCGAAGCUGCGACACUCGAGCAUCCUGUAUGACUCCCAGGGCUUCUUCGAGAACAUCAUGGACGUGCGAAACGACCUUGGCAAGGGGACAUUGAGGCUGAGCAAUCUACUCAUGCUGACGAGGCCGAGAAUGAGCACAAAAUCCGAGGAUGCCGUCUUCGCCCUGCUGGGAUUGGUGCCUGAACUGGCGAAGUUUCUAGGCUCGAGUUCCUCGACCGGUCUAGAAGAUCACGGCACACCACAUUCGGACAUACUGUAUAAGCUAUACCUGACAGCAUUCAGAUUCUGCUUGGAGCAGGAAAAUGACUUAGCAAUACUGAGCGCCGCUGGAAUGUACAAAGGUAAUACUCAACCGGAUGGUUGGCCCACAUGGCUGCCGGACUGGAGACAACAACUUCCAAUCCGACCACUGGUGCUUACGGAACAGCCAGACCUGGGACCAGUAACAGCGUUUUAUGACGAGACUUUUGAAAGUGCUCCAACCGAGCCUCCUGCGAAGAGAAACACAGCGUACAGUUUAAACGUCAGUCGCAACGCCCUUGACCAUUCCACCUUUAUUCGGCACUCAUUGACGAUCCAUGGAACUCGUUUGGGCUGUAUCGUGUCACGCGCAGCAGCAUGGCCGAAUGCCUUCUUUGUAACCGAUACUGCUGCGCAUUCCGGUUUGGACAGAAGAACGGCAGAUACCGGAGAAGCUGACUUCUCUCAGCCUAUUGCUUCUUUGAUUCCUCCGACUGGCGCAUCCGACUUGCGCAAAACCUCGCCCGCCAAGGACAGUACAUACUCUACCAAGUUGAUUCAGGGUGCACUCAAGAAUGGUGCAAUAUGUCAGUCGAUUCGCACUUCGUCCAUGGUCGAAACAGGAGAUUGGCUGUGUGCUUUGGAUGGAGGUCCAGUGCUGUAUGCACUGCGCCCCCUGCAAGCGUGCGACAGGCUCGAGCAAAAGCGACCUGACAUCCGUGGCGGAAGGGGGAAGACUCCACGAGACUCUGUGUCUGCGCCGAUGGGAUCAUUGCGUCCAGAUCCGGCGAAAUGGGCUGUCCAAUGCUUGUUUAUCGGCGAAUGUGCUGUGCACGGCCUCAGAGCGAUGGAGCUGCUAGAUACUAUUGGACAGAGAACGGAAUUCGAACUGAUAUGAGACCAGGAACACGAUGCCAAAGCCGAC